AUGCCCUCAAUCUGGGUCAUGUUUGCCUUCAUCCUCUACGAGGGCAUCCUCGGUGGAUUGUCCUACGUAAAUACCUUCUAUCGUAUACUUACUGAGGUUAGUUGUCAUCCUCUCUUCUAUUACUGGCCCUCGUCAUCCUGUUUGUCACUUUAAUAUCCUCGGCUUAGAUGAACGCAUAAGUCCAUAAGGCAGGUUGCACUGGGACUUGACCAGUUUUGGCCACUUAUCCGUGGUUGCGACGCAUACCUUGGUGAACUUGCUUUUGCGUGUUCUUUUCGCGCCGUCGCCCCAACUGGUGUAAUGCUUUAUAGUGCACACCGACGCCAUUGCUGACAUAUAAUUUGUAUCAUAUAGCCAGUUGCGAACUUGGGAGGGAGGGGGAUCUUUGCCUUGAGCCCCUAUCCGAGAGCGAAGUUGAUCAACAUUGACAUGCGUUCCGGGGUUUCUGAGGUGCUUUUCAUCCAAGGUUAGUCGUAGUGUGUGUCAAUUCCUCUCAGCGCGCCUUCAGUAUGCGUAUUGUUUCGGUGCAAUCACUUUGUGGCCCAAAUUUAACAAAGAACUUUGGAGUAAACUCGUCGAAUCUGACUCAGUCCAAACUUUUAUGCAAUCACUCGAGUUUAUUAUUGCCAACUUCGUCUGAUAACGCCUUGUUUACACCUGCCCAACUGGUGAUAGUGCGUGUUGUGGACAGGCAUUUACCCCACCCUACUCUAUACUACCAUAUGGGCUUUUAGCUUGUACCCUUGGUAGGAGUAUGUUAGGGCAGAUUCCGGUGAAAUGUCAGUUUUGCUGGUGUAAACAUGCGCUCAACUGUUGAAGUUGAUAUUAUUCAACUCACAUGCUUAUUCAGAAGACGAGUUGACCAGCAUACGUUACUUUCUAUAAAUUCUCUUUAGGCCAGUACAAUUAUAUGGAAACGGGGUAUAGUCCAACAUGCGAGUGAUUGAAAAAUCGAUAAUAGUUUUAAAACACAGGCGGGGCGAGAGCGGAAAGGCGAAGAAAUUUGCAUGCAGUUAGUCAAUUAAGUUUCCUAUGCUAACUGAUUAACUUUUCGACGAGGUAUGCAACACAUAGAACCAAGGGAUAAUGCUUCAAGUGAUGUUUUAUCAAGUGUCAUAUAGGAGUGGUUGUUUACUUACCGAUCUGGAUAUGCUCAGAUUAGCAAAGUUGAGAGAUCCGGGUUCAUUAUUUGAAGAAGAAGAAGAAGAAGAAGAAGAAGAAGAAGAAGAAGAGGAAGAGGAAGAGGAAGAAGAAGAAGAGGCUCUCCGGAACAGGUUUAUUUAAAUGCUGACGUUUCAAAGAGCUGGGUCGGCUCUCCAUUAUCAAAGCGUAAAAUGCACUUAAUCGAUUAGAAAUUUAAUUUAAAGUUGCAUGUUUUGUUGGUCGGCCUCAUGCUGAUCGAUUUUUCUCUCCUCUCGCUGACCCGGCCUCUCGGGAGCUGGUUGACGGGCGUUUUGCCUGCACAGCAGAUGCCGCACCCACAGAGUUUAUUGCCGUUUGCGAGACGGAGGAUGGUUGCUGUUGAAGUGUAGGAUCUGUCUCGUGUCGGUGGAUUUUCGCAAUACUGUAGUUUGCAGCUGUCCAGUGGUACACCGGCGCACAAGUAAGUCAAGGACGGGCAGUUGGUUGUUUGUUUCUGCUUGCAUCGUAAAUUGGAUAUCCGGGUCAACCGAGUUCAGUAGUUCCUUUAGGUGCUCAAUGUCAGUUGUUUUGACAACGACGACGGUGUCAUCGACAUAGCGGGCCCAGAACUUUGGUUGAUACUUGGUGAACACCAAGUGUUCUACCCGUUGAAGAACUACUUCAGCGAUUAGGCGUGAUAUACGGGAGUCUAUAGGAGUACCUUUUAUUUGUUCGUACAUGAGUCCACCGAAGGUGAAAUAGGUCAUAAGGCAGUACCACAGAAGGCUCACCAACAGCAGUAGCAUCUGCAUAUCAAUUCCUCGAACGCAUAAAACAUCUGAAGUUAGAGCCAGACGAGUCCAUGGUAUCCUUUGAUGUCGUUUCGCUCUUCACCUCCAUUCCACAGCAACUAGCGAUAGACGUUGUGGACCAACUACUGGCAGAGCGUUAUGAAGAGAGAGACAAACCCCUGAAGUCUGAGCAUCUGCUCGAGCUUCUGUGAUGCUGCCUCAAGACCUAUUUCACCUUCGGUGGACUCAUGUACGAACAAAUAAAAGGUACUCCUAUAGACUCCCGUAUAUCACGCCUAAUCGCUGAAGUAGUUCUUCAACGGGUAGAACACUUGGUGUUCACCAAGUAUCAACCAAAGUUCUGGGCCCGCUAUGUCGAUGACACCGUCGUCGUUGUCAAAACAACUGACAUUGAGCACCUAAAGGAACUACUGAACUCGGUUGACCCGGAUAUCCAAUUUACGAUGCAAGCAGAAACAAACAACCAACUGCCCGUCCUUGACUUACUUGUGCGCCGGUGUACCACUGGACAGCUGCAAACUACAGUAUUGCGAAAAUCCACCGACACGAGACAGAUCCUACACUUCAACAGCAACCAUCCUCCGUCUCGCAAACGGCAAUAAACUCUGUGGGUGCGGCAUCUGCUGUGCAGGCAAAACGCCCGUCAACCAGCUCCCGAGAGGCCGGGUCAGCGAGAGGAGAGAAAAAUCGAUCAGCAUGAGGCCGACCAACAAAACAUGCAACUUUAAAUUAAAUUUCUGAUCGAUUAAGUGCAUUUUACGCUUUGACAAUGGAGAGCCGACCCAGCUCUUUGAAACGUCAGCAUUUAAAUAAACCUAUUUGGGUGAGCCUAUUUUCUUUGAACGGUCUGGAUCUUUCGGAAACCGUGAUUGUGGUUUCAUUUCAUGCGCACUUCUAAGGAGCGCAGAAAUUUUUUCCUCUCCUCGUUUUCUUCCUAUAGACUGAGUGUAGUUGCCGAAUUCUUGUCUUUCGUCAUCCGUCAGGGUGUCAAGGAGGGCUGUGCUUUGACACACAUGACGCCCAAGUUCUAUUUUUACGAGGGUACUUUCCAGUUGAUUCUUAGCGUAUCUCUUUAGGGUUUCUACAUGUAGCUCUAAUGCAUAUAUAAAGUUAGUGCCGCGCCUUGCAUGUCCGGUUACGACUACGUAAGUCACAGUGUGUUUCUUGUCUUUGGAAUAAAUUGUAAAAUUCGCUCGGAACACUGGAUUGCUACCAGAAGCCACGUGGACAAUGCUGAUGUUCCUAGUCCCGCUCAACUGCACAUGCAGCGGCAGAAAUCCGAUGAAACGCAUGUCUGAUCAUUAGGUUGAUAUUCGUGCUGUGAUUAAGAUGAUAAACAUAUGAGCGCGCAUUGUGCGUUUCCAAACAAAACCCUUAUUUUUAUCAUUUUAGACAGAGCCGGCCUACAAAGAGUACGUCAUGUCGAUCGCAGCAUUUGCGGAUGGGUUAGGAAUUACCGCUGCCGCUCUCCUCUCGAUUCCUUUGCACAACGCACUCUGUCGCCUACUCAGUUAG